AUGUCACCUCAUGUCUCUUACUUCGACACUGAUGCAGAGAUCCGCUCAGUGAAGAACAUUUGCUGUAUCGGUGCUGGGUACGUUGGUGGUCCAACAUGCGCCGUCUUGGCUUGGAAAUGUCCAGACAUCAAGGUCACCAUUACAGACAUCGCCGAAGACCGUAUUCGAGCCUGGAACAGCGACGAGCUGCCUAUCUUCGAACCUGGACUCGAUGAUAUCGUCAAAGAGGCGCGUGGACGCAACCUUUUCUUCACCACUGACGUGGAUGGCUCAAUCGAAGCGGCGGAUCUCAUCUUCGUCUCGGUCAACACUCCUACCAAAGUCGCAGGCAUUGGAGCCGGUCUAGCGGCAGACCUCUGCUAUAUCGAAGCAGCGACUCGACGCAUCGCCACUGUCAGCAAGAGAGGUGCCAUCAUCGUAGAGAAGUCUACUGUACCAUGUCGAACGGCUGAAAGCAUGAAUCAGAUCCUGUCCGCCCUCAGUCCUUCGAACGCUACCUUCGAGAUCCUCUCCAAUCCCGAGUUCCUCGCCGAAGGCACUGCUGUCGAAGACCUCUUGGACCCGGCAAGGGUGCUCAUCGGGUCGAUGCCUACUACCCGCGGGCGACUUGCUCAGCAACGCCUUGCUGAAGUCUAUAGCCGAUGGGUCCGACCCGAAGCCAUUGUCACCAUGGGCUUGUGGUCAAGUGAACUCAGCAAGCUCGCAGCCAAUGCCCUCUUGGCCCAACGAGUCUCUUCCAUCAACGCAAUCGCUGCGAUUUGCGAACGUACAGAGGCCAAUGUCCAUGAAGUCUCAUCUGCGUGUCGACUCGAUCUCAGGAUCGGAUCCAAGUUUCUUGAGGCUGGCAUCGGCUUUGGUGGCAGCUGCUUUCAGAAGGACUUACAGAACUUGGUAUAUCUCUCAUUGAGUCUUGGACUGCCUGAAGUCGCCGAAUAUUGGAAACAGGUCUUAGUCAUGAAUGCCUGGACUAAACAACGCUUUGCCAGAAACAUCGUCCAGAAGAUGUUCUCUACCAUCACCGCCAAGCACAUUGCCAUCCUCGGCUUUGCAUUCAAGGCAGACACCGGUGACACCCGUGAAGCCCCUGCCAUUGACGUCUGUAGAGACUUGCUGGAGGAUGGGGCACUCCUUCACAUCUACGAUCCCAAAGUCUCCUCGUCUGCCAUCAACAGGGCUCUCGGUCCCGCCAAGGGCUCUAACGUUUCUUUCCAGUCUGAACAACGUGCCUACACAGUUGAAGCAUCAAUGCAGCAGGCUUGCGUCGGUGCAUCGGCACUGGUGUUCCUUACGAAGUGGGCAGAAUUUGAGUCUCAUGCUGUGGACUGGAAGGCAAUCUACGCGAGCAUGUCCAAGCCUGCUUGGAUUUUCGACGGUCGCAACAUUGUCAAAGAUCCCACCGCUUUGAAGAAACUGGGCUUUAUCGUUUAUCAGUCCGGCGUUGGAUAUUAG